CACGCCCCGCGGCGGAAUACCAUCAUCACCAAACAAGUUCAAACAACGUGUAGCCAAGUCGCCACUGGCAACAGCAAAACACGUCAUUUUUGGCACAUUAUGGUAGCUAAAACGUCAUAAAUCGUGGUCACAGGAUCGUGAGGUCGGUUGACGUCGAUAUCUUGACGGACUUUGUAGGCCCCUUUGUUGCUAGGUAGUCCAUAUCUCCCUUGGCAUAAGUGAACCCAGUCUGUGUCAUCACCAAGUCCAGGAUGGCACAGGUCGCUGCACCCAGGACGAGUUUAGGUUCAACUCGCAAGUCUGCACUCCAGGAGGAGCUUGACCAGGCCUUGCAGAACAGACGCAGCCGUGGCCUGACCACAGAGAUGACCACUUCAGAGGACAGUGACAGCAGUGCAGACGACGGGCUGGGCAGUGACGAUGACUUCCUGUCUCAAUUUACCUCAACCUUCAAACCAUCUGCACCAGCUCGCAAUAGAGACCAGGCAGACAAGUGGCAGCCUCCCAGUCAGAGGGCUACUGGGAAGUCAACUCCAACCUUUGACUUGAAGGGGAAACACACCCCAACAAAGGACCUGAAGGAGCGCAAAGAUACAGAAGAGAGUGGUAGGAAAUCCACCACCUCGAGAGAUUCACCAUUUGAAGGGAAAUAUCUGAAGAAGAACCUGCCUAGGGAGUCAGGUGAACAUGGGAAGACAAGUCCAUCUAGGGUGUCACCGUUUCCAGCAGAACGUUCGCUAAAAAGUCCAGGAAGGGCAACGCCCCAUAGGGAUGACCGUGAGGGGAGAACUUCCUUGAGGGAUUCGCCAUUUGAAGGCAAACGUCUUUCAAGCAAAUCUCCCAGAGAUAGAGAGUCACCUCUUGAAGAGAGGUAUCGUAGAAAGAGUCCUGGUAGAGACUCUACUGUUGACAGUCUGACCCAUAGAAAGAGUCCGUCUGUUGAAGGAUUGAAUCGCAGGAAGAGUCCAUCCAGGGAUUUUGCAGUGGAGGAAGAACAUCGUAGAAAGGAUUCCCCACUUAGCUCUCCAUUCCAAAGGAAGCGCGAGUUGAAGAAUGCAGGAGGAGACUCAACAUUAGGGGAGUCAAGAAGGCUUUCAGAAAGGGCAUCACCAUCACAAAGAGCCAGGGCUAGGAAAAAUUCUCUUGACAUUGAUUCUGAUGACAUGAAUGAAGAAGAAGCUCCCCAAAAGAAGGAAACAUCUUUGCUGGAUUUCUUGGACGAGCCGUCACCCAGGCCCAGGAAAGAGAGGUCGGGGCCCAGGAAAGGAGAAGAAGGAGUCACCAGGCCCAGACCAAAGCCUAGAAGUCGCACAGUUAGUGAAAACUCUCAGGAAGGUUUCCACGAGUCACCUUCAAGCAAAACAUCCCUUCGUAGGUCUCCAACCAAAGAACAGGACCGGGAUUUAAGGCCGACUCCGUCUCCUCGUGGGGGGGCAGCUGCAGACCGCAGGAAGCUGUUCAGGGACAGCAGAGGGACAGCAGAAGAUUCGGACAAAAGGAGGUCACAGAAAUCAGAGGAACAGCUGUCUAGGUCACGAGAAGCUUCACCCAGUUGGAAACAUCAGUCGGGACAGAAGUCCCCGUUGCCGUACAGGGAAGGUUCCAGACGAAACACUCCACUGAAAAAGAUGGCUUCAGGGUCAUCUGAAGAGGAGCUGGAUCAGCUUCUCAAGCGCAAAGACAAACAUAGGCAACGGAGUAAAGACUUGGACUCCGACUCAGAUAGCAUACCAGAUAUUGAUGUUACUGUCAAACACAAGAAGCAACAUGGCAAGAAAUCUGCAGUUCUCCCAACUCCCCCACCAAGGAAGUCCCCAUUUAUACCUGCAUCUCAGGAUAAAGCCAAGAUAGAGAAAGAGGAGAAGGCAAAGGCCAGAGAUGAUUCUGACUCUGAGGAAGAAACAGGCAGUCUCAGCCAACCAGACGGAACUUCUUCCAAACAGAGGCUCCAUAAGGACAUAGCUGAUGCAGUAUUGGCAGAUGUUGCUGACUCCAACAGACCACAAACCAAAAAGGACGAGGAGAGAGAGGAUGAGACUGAGCACACCAUGCAGUACAUCCAGCCAGACAGUACCAGACGCAGGCCCCAGAGUGCUGGCAGUGAUAGAAAAGAGGCCAGCCCCACCAUCAAGCCAGUCCCCAAAAGGCCAACAUCUGCCGGGUCAUUGACCCGCAAACCUGCUGAGCCACCAAACCUGGAGGACUCUGCCUCCAUCAGGAUGGCCAUCUACCAGGACUGGCUCUGUAAGAAGACUGACCUGUCCAAGGAGAAAAUCAAAAAGAAACUUUCUGAGAGGCAGCAGCAACAACAAAAGGAGAAGGAGGAACAGGACAGGAAGAAGGAUGCUGAGAGCUCGUAUAAGUCAUGGAAGGAGAAUAAAGACAUUCAUCUGAAGACUGUGCAGAAACAGAAGAAGAAGGAAGAGAAAGAAAAGAAAGAAAAGGAAGAAGAGGAGCAAGUUAAAAAAUUGCAGGCCAAAAAGAUGUUUGAGAGUUGGAAAGCCAACAAAGAUGAUUACCUGCGGAAGAAGUGGAGGGAUGCGAAACGUGAGGAGGAGGAAAGAAAACAGAAGGAGAAGAAGGAGAAGCAGGAGGACAGGAAGAAAUUACUGGAGUCUUGGUCAAAACGUAAAGAAGAGGAGAUCAAAGAAAAAAAGACAGAGGAGAGGAAAAAGGCUCGGGAGGAGAGAAGGCGGAAGCAGAAGGAACAGGAGGAUCGGGAGAUGAGGUGUCAGGAUGAGUAUGAGGAGUUUCUGGACAGGAAGGAGAGGCAGCGGAAGGAGGACAUGCAGAGGAGACGUGUGCGCUCCAUGGAGAACCUGAGCCAGAAGGCCUGGAGCCCAGCCAGUAGAACUAUCCCUGUGGGCAGGUGACAGGGCUCAGGAGCUACAGUUUGUAUCUGUGGGUCCAAUACCAUUGGAUCUACUAGUACUGACAGUUAUGAUGUACUACACUUGGUAUAGAUAAACCCCUGUGCUCAGCAUGUGUCUUGGAUACACCCAUUCUUGAUGUGUCAUCAAAAUCCUCAGAUGCCACCUGUCAGUAAGGCAUAAUGUUUCUCCCAUGUGCAAUCUCAAUAGAUCUGUGUGUCAGACUGGGACCAGUACCAGUUACUACUACAUGUACAUGUAUUUUGUACCUUUAUCUCAAUUGGCAAAGACACUUUCAAAGGCAUGUAUUCCUUGAGAUGAAUAUUUAGAGGUUGUGUGCCUGUCCAAUGAUAUAGAUGACACAUACAUUGUUUUAAUGGUUGUAAUGUAACUGUAGAUGAAUGUGUUUAAAUACCGUAUGUGGGAAUCUAAUCAUGAUUGUUGUAAAUGUCUCCUUUUUCCAAGCCUUGAUGUAGAUUUUUAUUUGGUAGUCUUGGAAGUGAAUAUAGGUAACCCAGUAUUUGCAGUAAUGUAGUAAAUAGCAUUAUAAUUGUGGUGUCCAAUUUAUAUAAAAAUGAAUGUUCAACAUUCCAAAUGGAAAUACAUGUAGAUGAUAUAGAUUACCAUUUUUUACUGCUGUAAUAUUUGUAAUCUUCUUAAUGUACUGCUGUGAGCUCUCAUAUCAUUAAUAUGAAUUUCUUCAGAACAUGAAAAAUAUAAUUUUA